AUGACGGAGUGGACUUUGCUAAAACGUCUCCUGGAUGCUGUCCACCAACACUCCACCAUGAUUGGGCGCCUGUGGCUCACCGUCAUGGUUAUCUUCCGGCUGCUCAUUGUCGCGGUGGCAACUGAGGACGUAUACACCGAUGAGCAGGAGAUGUUUGUGUGCAACACGAUGCAGCCGGGAUGCUCCACCGUCUGCUACGACGCAUUCGCACCUAUUUCGCAACCUCGCUUCUGGGUUUUCCACAUCAUCAGUGUCUCCACACCAUCCCUCUGCUUCAUCAUCUACACAUGGCACAACCUGUCCAAGCUGCCCCACAACACCACCCAGAGGCAGGGCCAAGGAUUAGGGGAUAUCCCAGGGCCGGAAAGACCAGACAUUGGACGAGGUGGCGGACAGGAGAUUUAUGAUCGGAGCUGCAACUCGGACAGCUGCUCCAUCCACUCCCAUAAGCAUCUAGGUCACAGCCUGGCAGAUGUGCUGGAAGGCAUCACUGUCCAGAAGGGUCAUGUGGUUUCGGGAGGUGUUCUGUCUAAAUGUUAUGUCUUUCAUGUGUGUUUACGGGCUGUUCUGGAGGUGGGCUUUGUCCUGGCCCAGUGGAAGCUGUUUGGCUUCCAGGUGCCAGUUCAUUUCCUUUGUACCUCGGCACCCUGCAGCCAGCCGGUGGAUUGUUACGUCUCCAGGCCCACGGAGAAGACCAUCUUCCUGCUCUUCAUGUUUUGUGUGGGUCUCUUCUGUAUCCUGCUCAAUCUGCUGGAGCUCAACCACUUGGGCUGGAAGAAGAUCCGGCAGGCAGUGAGGUUGAGGGAGAGUGCAUCCUGGGGAGGUUGUCGAGGUGUGAGGAGGGGAUAUGAAACUUUCCCUCCAGACAGCCCUUCUCUCGAAUCCUCUUUAGGCUUCAGGGACGUGACCAGCACCACCUCCCUGCCCACUUUGGACCUGGUGGUGGGUCACCAGCCUGACUGGACCUGUGCUGUGAACUGUGGCAGGAUGAGGGAGCCUAAGGAUGUCACAGAAACAGAGCAACCAAAGAGACAGGACUCCCAUAAAGGAGAGAGGCAGCCUCUGAAGAGUAAGAGGGAGGUCAGGGGGUCCAAGCAGAGGAGUGCUGAGGUCUGGAUAUAG